GUCCUGGGGGAUUAUUACAACCAAUUGCGAAUCUGGUAAUCUUUUGGAAACCAGGGGGUGGCGGAGGGGGUGACAAUAGAAAUGAUCGUGACACCGUGGGUUCGCAACAGUGACUAAGUUGCGAGUGACGUCAUUGGAAACACGUGUACUAGAGGGAAUCUGUAGAAAUUUAUUUUGAGGUAAUACCUAGGUUUGAAUCUCGCGGAAGGGGUAAUUGGAGAUUGUGAUGAUGAGAGGCGGAUGACACUUGCAGAUUCUGAAACCCAUUUCCUCUCCAUCUGUUCAUUAUUUAUUUCUCCUUGAAACAUUGGGCCCGAUUAUCUCGGGACUUAAUCAUUUGAGGGAAAACUUUGGCACUUUUUUUGGAGGGCUUCUUCGGGGCUACAAAAAAGUCCCCUGGUGUUUUUUUAUCGGGGAGAUAUCCUGGGAAUAUGGCGCAGGGAGAGAUCAGGGUGAUGUCCAGGGUGGAAAUCAACACCAGGAGAUUGUUGGGGAGGUGCGAACUUAUGGCUAAGGAGGAUUCUCAGAGAUACUGGAAGCUGGAGAAGUAUAUCCUGGCACUGGACGAACUCCUGAAGAGGCUGCAAAUUCAGGCUGAUAAACCUCCCAGAGACACAAUGUCUAAAUACAUCAAACGAAUAGAUUUCCUGAAAGGUAUCGUAGAGACUGCGAAGAUCCCUGGCCCCAUCGAGAGAGUCGUGGCAGCGCAGAUGUUGCCAAAAACCUCGAAUUUACUCUCCGAAACGGCCAGUCCCAGUAUCACGACGCAAAUUCACCAGAAAACAACAGCAAAAUACAACAGAGACGUGAGAGCUGAGUUAUUUAAUUCCGAUGGAGGAAUGGGACAGGAGGGGCUGCGACAGAGAUUGGCUAAUCAGCCGAGUCAGGACGAGGAUCUCGAUGCAAUCCUCAAGUACAAUAGGAAUAUGCAGGAGAAAAUAGCGGAGAACAUGCUCAUGAUGACGAAGAAUAUGAAGGAGCACGCCCUCACUGCCAGUGCUAUCAUCAAGAGUGAUAUCAGUUCUCUCGAUAAAUCUGAUAAAUUAACUGAAACGAAUGCUUAUAAAUUGAAUAAGGAGUCGUUGAGACUCGAGGAGCACACCAAGUCCACGUGGAGGUGCUGGCUCUGGCUGAUGAUUGCUUUCGUCAUGAUCGUAUUCUUCAAUAUGAUUUUCUUCAUGAAAAUAGCUAAGAAGAAAAUGUAGACUAAUUAUCUCCCGUACGUGGUGUCAUAUAUUUUGUAUUUCAU